UGCUGCGAUGCUGGAGAGGGAGAGAGGGCCGCAUGAACGAACGCACUCACUACAUGACACACCGCACACACCCACAGACUAGACGAACCUACCUAACCCACAUUCAUCCACUCUGCACGCACUUAUGCAUCCCAUCAGCACACAGCACGUCAGUCAGUCAGGAGUCUCCCCUCAGACUCAGAACGAGCACGAAGGCCCAUCACAGCUGCGGAACUGGCCCUGCCCGAAGAAGCGAGAGCGACCCAAGGACACGAUGCCCUCUGCAACACAACACAGACACACACAUGCCAGAGGCCAUAUAAUGACCGUGUCUGGUGUGAUGCAUCACAUCACACUGGGUGCAUACCGCUGCCGUAGAUUCUGCCCGUGUUGAAGUUGACAUUGCUGCCGAUGCCGCGUGGCCCAGUGUUGUAGGCCGGCCCGACGAUUGAGCUUCUCGCCUGCAGGCGUCGCUCGUCGGACUCCUCCUUGGUCGGCUCCUCCUCAUUGACGAUCUGGGCGACGGCGCAGUAGCCGUUGACCUCGGGGAUGCCGUCGCCACAGCCGCCCUCUGGCUUGGGGCGGAAGAGGAGCGCCUCGUCCUUGGACACUUCCAGGUAGUCGCCGCCGAAGAAGUCGAUCUUGAUGGAAUCGUGCUUCUUGUUGCGGGUCACCUGUGAGUCACAGGCAGGCAGACAGCGAGAAAUGAGGUAGGGGUGCGUAUUCGGGGCUUGUGUGUCAUCAGAUGCUUUACCAUUCGGACUUUGUAGACCCUCUGGAGGAACUCCUUGACGCCCUCCGAGGAGCCGACACCCAGGUCGUCCAGAUAGAGACUGUCAAUCUGCGCACACGCGACCACACCAGCAAAGGUGUGCUUUGGGUGUAGAGGCGCAUCCCGGAUGUGUGUGUGUGUCCGUGUGUGUGUGCGUACAUUCUCAAAAUUGGACAGGUCCUGUCCGACGAAAUCGAAGGGAUUGACCGCAUCGAUCUUGCUCUUGGUGUCUGCACACAUCACAUACGCCCACAUACACACAGACAGAUGAUGCACAGGCCCAUCUCCCCCCCCUCUAUGCAUGUGGAUGCAUUGACUUACGAACGACGUCCUUGUUGCCGGAUACGCUGAUCAGGUUGCCAUCCGCGUCAGGUCGCUGGUCCUUGGUGACCUCGACGGCAGCAACGGUGACGCCGAGCAGCACCAAGAUGGUCGCCACAUACAAAAUCGCCAAGCCCGCCACAACCCACUUGAGGCUGCGGGUCUUCUUCUUCUCCAUGUUCAUCUGGCGGGCGGCCGACAACACCUCCUGGACGCUGCAGGCACCCACAGACAACAGGCACACACACGAGACACGUGACAGAUGUCACUCGGCCCGUCUCCCCUCCCCCUCUCUCACCUGAACAUGCCAUCGCCGUCAGUGUCCCAGGAGCGGAGGAUGUCCACCAUGCGCUCCGCCUCAUCCUUGCUGCCUUCCGUCUUGAGAGCGGAGGCCCUGAACAGACAGAGAGACAAGACCCCCCGCCGCGUGUGCGUGUGCGGGUGUGCGCACGCGCUGGAUCUGGAUCUGUGUGCAUACCGGAACUUCUCAGUUCUGCUGUUGGGCGGGGCAGUGGCCAUCUCGGUUGCGAUUGCUGAGGGAGUGUUGAUCAGAUGCGAAGUCACUUGAGAGGUCUCGGGGAAGCUGAGAUGCGAUGUGGCGAUGAUAGAUCUGUCGUGAAUGCAAUGAGAGAUGUGCGAUGGGAAGAGUGUUGUCGAGUGUUGUCCAAACCUCCGCCCCCUCAGUCUUCCCUCCUUUCCCAAUCCUUCGCAACCCUACCCUAACCCUGUAACCCCGUGUAAAACUUCUACAGCAAAAGCUGUCAU